AUCGACACGGUAUAUAUCUCGGUGACUGAUAGUUCGCGACAUUACUGUGCAUAAUGCAUCUCCUCGUGUACGCGUUAACAAUAGUAUCGGCGGUGCUCGCCCAGAAAGAGCCGCAUUAUGCACCCGGCCACGAUGGGAUAGUACAUCUCUUUGAAUGGAAAUGGACAGAUAUUGCGGCGGAGUGUGAAAAUUUCCUGGGUCCUUUAGGAUACGGCGGAGUGCAGGUUUCUCCGAUAAACGAAAACAUCAUUGUAGACGACCGGCCAUGGUGGGAGCGUUAUCAGCCCAUAUCUUACAUUUGGCAAACGAGAUCGGGUACGCCCGAGCAAUUCAAAGAUAUGGUUCACAGAUGUAACAAUGCCAAUGUGAGAAUUUACGUCGACGUGGUAUUCAACCAUAUGACCGGCGAUCAUGUAAACGCACUGGGUACCGAUGGUUCGACAGCAAAUACAUUCAAUUACAAUUAUCCGGCAGUAGCAUACGAUCGAAAAGAUUUUCAUAUGCCACCAUGCGCCAUCAACAAUUACCAGGAUGCGACGAACGUGCGCGACUGCGAAUUGGUCGGUCUGCAUGAUCUUAACCAAACAUCUGAAAAUGUCAGAGAAAAGAUCGUCGAUUUCUUGAACGAGGCCAUUGAUGCUGGAGUCGCCGGUUUUCGAGUAGACGCGGCUAAACACAUGUGGCCGAAUGAUCUAAAAAUCAUCUUUUCUCGGUUGAAAAAUCUCAAUACCGAACAUUUUGACAAGGAUGCGCGAGCCUUCAUAUUUCAAGAGGUGAUCGAUUACGGCAAUGAAGCAGCCAGCAAGUAUGAAUACAUCGGUUUUGGCACGGUGACGGAAUUCCGGUAUGGCUCGGAAAUCAGCAACGCCUUGAGAGGAAACAAUCUAUUGAAAUGGUUCGUCAGUUGGGGAGAAACUUGGGGACUGUUACCAUCGCAAGAUGCCCUGGUAUUUAUUGAUAACCACGACACUCAACGGAGCAAUCCCAAUAUACUCACCUACAAGUCAUCAAAAUUGUACAAGAUGGCUGUCGCUUUCAUGCUGGCGCAUCCUUAUGGGAUCGCGCGUGUUAUGAGCUCCUACGAUUUUCACGAUUUUAACCAAGGUCCGCCCCACGAUUCCGCCGGAAACAUCCUGUCUCCGAUUAUUAAUCCUGAUAAUACCUGUGGUAACGGCUGGAUUUGCGAGCAUCGGUGGCGUCAAAUUUACAACAUGGUGGGCUUCCGAAAUACCGUGAAUAGUACCGGUAUCAACAAUUGGUGGGACAAUGGCCAGAACCAAAUUGCCUUUUGUCGCGGAAGUAAGGGAUUUAUCGCAAUCAAUGGUGACUACUUUGACUUGAAGCAGACUCUCUUUACCUGUUUGCCACCUGGUAAAUAUUGCGACGUCAUUUCUGGAAGCUUGAAGGACAACAAGUGUACCGGUAAGACCGUGGAAGUGGGUGAAGAUCACAGAGCUUACAUAGAAAUUUUGACAUGGGAGGAAGACGGCGUACUCGCUUUUCAUAAAGAGUCCAAGUUAAAAUAAUGAAGAUCUGAUUGUAUGAGCAAAACAAAAAUCAAGGGAUACUACAAAAAUAUUACUUUGAUAUUAUACUUAUUUUAUACAUAUGUAUAUAUGUAUACGGCAUAUAAUUUAUAUAAACUGACUAUAAAAAAAAUUAGACAUAGU